GGGUAAGCUAUUCGAGGUGGGUUCAGCAGGAUUAUUUUGGUGACUUGUUUCCUGUUAGCGCCUAAUAAUGUGUCUGGAAAAGAACUAAAGUAAAACUGCAUUUCAUUGAAGACAUUCUACUUCAGAUCUAUUACAAAUUCAUACCAGGGUCCCGUUCUCUAGAAUCUUUCACAACACUGGGAAAUUUGGCAGAAACAUGAGUUGGCUCUAACAGCCGAUCUCCAUCAACCUCUUCUCCUUUGCCUCCUGUUGUAGAGGAUGAAAAUUCAUCUCCCCAGAUACUUUGCGGCGAGAGGUGCUAAGGCUGUGGUAGGGGGCGGGUUUCUAGGGAAUAUUUUUCUCCCUGUGAAAGGAAAGGCAGACUGGAAAAUGUAUUCUUGCGGUUCUGGCCAGCUCCCUACUUCCUGUUCUUGUCUGAGGUUCUGUGGGGAAGGGAGAUGUGAGAUGGGAGGUAGGGCCGGGGGCGCAACAGCAGGGAAGCGAGGCCUGUGGAAAUGCAGGGUCGCUGGGAAGAGUCGAGGGGCGGGACGGGAUCGGAGGCUGCAGGACAUAGGAUGUGGGAGCCUAGCGGAAAACCAGGGGUGAGGAUAGCGCGGACGAGGGCGCGCCCGCGAGACUCCCAGACCUCCCGCUCUCCCCACCCUCUCCCACUGCAAGGACUCCGCCUGCCGUCAAUGGGCGGGGCACGUUCUGGGGCGUGGCCGGCCGGCCCUUAGAACUCCGCCCGUUCGGGGCGGGGCUGGCCGAAAGGGCGGGGCCACGCGCCUUCGGGGCGUGGCCUGUAGAACCUCAGAAUCCCGGCGACUCGGGGCUGAGGCGCGCGUCUCCCGGCGCGGGGUUCCUCCCACGCAGCCUCCCAUUCAAAAGAUGCCGAAGGGGCGGCGCGGCAGCCAGAGCCCUACCAUGAGCCAGCGGCCGGCCCCGCCCCUCUACUUCCCUUCCCUCUACGAUCGUGGCAUCUCCUCGUCCCCGCUCAGCGACUUCAACAUCUGGAAGAAGCUCUUCGUGCCGCUGAAGGCGGGCGGGGCGGCGGCGGGCGGGGCGGUGGCGGGGCGGCCCCUGCCCCAGGCACCCCAGGUUCCGGCCCCCCCGCCGCCGCCACCGGGCCUGGGGCCUCCCAGCGAGCGCCCCUGGCCUCCGCCCUGGCCCUCCGGCCUGGCCUCCAUCCCCUACGAGCCUCUGCGCUUCUUCUAUUCGCCACCGCCGGGGCCCGAGGUGGCUGCCUCGCCACUGGCCCCCGGCCCCACGACCCCUCGGGUCGCCUCCGCCUCCCACCCCGAGGAGUUGUGCGAGCUGGAGAUCCGGAUUAAGGAGCUGGAGCUGCUCACCAUCACUGGGGACGGCUUCGACUCUCAGCGCUAUAAAUUCUUGAAGGCACUGAAAGAUGAAAAGUUACAAGGACUGAAGACAAGGCAGCCUGGAAAGAAGUCGGCCUCUCUCUCCUGAAGAGCUGCCCACCAGAGCCUGGGCAGCUGCCUCCUUAGGUGUUAGUGCUUAGAUAAUGUGUCCCGUUUGUUGUCAUUUCAAAGAUCGUUAUUUUCUGUUCUGUAUUUACCGCUGUUCUCACUGCUCCCAGCAUGUGCUCCACAUACAGUGCCCACUUGUGGGGUAAAUCUCAUGGUCUGUCUCCUCUCUGUGCUGCUGCUGGGGAAGGUCUCUCACAGGGUCUGGAAGCCUCUGAGACCAUAGGAGGGGACACCCAACACUGCCACAUGAAAGGAAUUGGGAAAACCCAAGGGCAAUAUGUAUUUGGUUUGCUGUUUCCCUGCUCAGAAAGGUUCUUUAAAGCCUGAAACAAACGGUUUGUUCUCAAACAGCUUUAGACCUGGGAAGUGUUUUGUUUAAUAGUUUUUGGGCCCCCAAAACUCUGAUAAUCUGAUCAAAGCUAUGGUCCUUACUAGAAAAUCACACAUUCAAGAACUAUGAAGGGCUUGUUAUGUGCCCUCCGAGAUUCAGAAUUGGGAGUGGGAGAGACCUAGACAAUAAAUACAAGUAAGUACAUCAUAAGACAAUAUCACUGAUGACCUGCCAAGGGGUAAACAAAAACAGUAGGGCAAGGUUGCUCAGGAGGGGUCAGAGGAAAGCAAGGUGGCAUUUCAAAUAUGGUUUCUGGAAGAGGUAACAUGUAAACAAGGUGUGGAGGAAGUUGAGAUGUGAUAGCUGGGGGAAUGUUCCAGGCCCAGAGGGGCUAGGGCAAAGGCUGAAGGUGGGAGCAUAUGGGGUGUUUGAGGCCCGCAAGAACCCAGGUGGCUGGAGCAGGAGGAGUGAGGGGAGCAUGGUAGGGCUGAGUGCAGAGAGUCCUUCCCAGUGGGACUCUGCAAACAUGGGACUCUGGGUUCUACUCCAAGUGGAGUAUGGAGUAGUUAGAGGGUUUUCAGUGAGUGAUCGCAUCUGACCUGGGCUGCUAAGGUGAGAAUAGACUAAGGCAGGAAGCAUGGAUAGCAAGUAGGAGGCUUCAUAACAAUACAGCUAAAGCCAGAAGAAGUGGUGCCGCCCAGUGUGGCCCAGGCCCGGCGGCUCUUUCCCCUUUGCUGGGUCAGAGGUGUCUGUGGCCUGGGGGGUACCCACCACUGCCACCACCCCUGCCGCCAGGUGCUGUCUCUCUGGCCAGAAGGAGCAAGCGCUCAGCAACACAAGCGCACGAAUAAAGAAGGAAGUAUUUUAGGAAACAGUGUCACAUUUUGACGCUUGGCAUCUGGAUUUCCCCGUGCCCUCAUUCUCCCUGCAGCCACGGUAGAUCUUAGCCAAAGAAUUUGUGACAUUUGGGCUUCCUGCAAAAGAGAACGGAAAAGGAGCGAAUCCCGCAUCUUAUAAUCGGAGCGGGAGGCGGUGUUUGGGAGGGGCCUGGUCAGCUCUGACCAAUAGCACCGAUCGCCCGGCACCAAGUGCCUGAGACGCCCUCUUCGAGCUGGCAAGGAGGCCUUAGCGUCGGUGACCUUGUCACGAGUAGCUUUAGCUCAGUGAGGGGGAUUUAACUCCUGACCAGAGUCGCUUUUAAGAGAAGGGGUGGAGGUGAAUUGGAGACCGUGGGUGCAGAAGACUCUCGAGAGGCAGUUAGCCGCCUCUUAGGGCAGUACCUGGCAGGGCAAGCGGGGUUGAGAGGUCUUUAUUAAGGGAGAAAUUACUGCUUGCUUGUGGUCGGGCAGAGGGAGAAAAAGUGAUGGUGUCGAUGAGGCCUGGCUGGAAUGGUGUCCUCGAGUGGACAAGAGAGGGGGAACCUACUUUACAGUGGAAGGAUCGGAGUUACGUGGCAGCAGAGACGGUUCCUCUGCCAUCACUGAAGGUUCCGUCCGUGGUGUGAGCAUGCAGAUGCCGACAGAUGGCAGAACGGGGUGCCAGGAACCUCGGUAAGUUGCAGACCCUUGUCCCAAAGUUUGUGCAGCAACCUGUGUGCUUGAGGAUGCAAAUGCGCAUGCCUGCAAGGCCCAGUUGGAAACAGUGAAAGGGGUGCAGGGAGCCAGGUGGAGAGUGGCUAGCUGGGGAGCCUAGGCGGGUGGUGGGGGAAGCAACUGACCCUGAACUCCCACUGCUUGUUGCCCAGCCAGGAGGGUAACAUGCUGCUAGGUCACAGCUCCUGCUUUCUAAAUCUUAGCGAUGAAUUCAGAUAUUUCCAGAACACAAUUCGGACCAAAUAAAGACUGGACAGGCGGUAGAGUUUGUAACCUCUGCUCUACCCAUAGCAGUCCUCUCACGCUGGUCAGGGAUUCCAGGCCCGUCUCCUCUCCCCGCUUUUUUAAAUGUUGAUUAAAAAAAAAAAAAGAUUUUAUUUAUUUAUUUGACA